AUGGCGCAUCCCGACGGCGAACUCGCCACGAGUCGUGCCUAUGCACAUCGGAAUAUCCCCAUGGCAAUCUCGUCGUUCUGCAAUCAUCCUCUCGAAGAGAUCACCACCGUAGCACGCGCGGUCGCCCCGAUCAGCCACCUGCUGCAGGUCUACACGAUGAGAGACAGCGAGAAACAGGAACGUAUCAUACGUCGCGCCGAGGCAGCAGCAUGCAAAGCGAUUCUCCCCACAGCGGACAGCCCCGUGCUCGGGGUGCGGUAUAACGAGGUUCGAAAGGAUUUCCGCACCCCCGUGAUUUUGUCCUUCCUCAUGCUGGAAUGGGACUCGGAGAAAAUCCAGAGUCAAGCCCACUAA